AUGCUGUCUCGUCUCGUCUGCAAAACACGACACCACCACCACCGCACCCUGCACGGAUUGAGCGACUGGCACUCUGCACACUACUAGACACGCGCAAUGAGAUAGUUUCCGACUUUGCUCGCUCUCGCUCUGGCGGAGAUAAAACCCCGACGAUAUCCCGCCAUCUUGACAAACUUCGAAGCUCGACACGAAACGAAAAAUCUCGGACGCACGCACGCUUCAGCACUCGCCUUACUACCGAGAAGCUAGCACUCGCACCUUCCAGAAGUCGCCCAACUGUCAAUCAACGCGGGAGCUUCCAAGAGCUAAAUCGUCAAUUCCCGCCCCACCAACACUACAAGCCUCAACCUCAACCACCACCACAAUCGUAACUACAACCACAACCACAACCUCACCAUCCACCACCCCUCCCCCACCGAAGCCAGCAACACAACCACCACAAUGAUCCGCUUCACCCCCACCCCCACCCCCACCCCCACCCCCACCCCCACCCCCGCCCCGCCAUUCUCGCACUCCGUCUCCUCCGAGUGGCAGCACCUGCGCUUCCCUCGCACCCCCACCCCCACCGCCACCGCCGCCACAAACCCCCCCAGCACACCCUCCCCCGCCCCAGCAAGCCCGUACACGCACCAAUUCCACACGAUCCCCACCAUGUCCACCAUCCCCACCAUGAACAGCAUGUCCACGAUGGGCACCUACCGCCACCCCGCGCCCUCCCAAUCCUCGCUCUCAAGCUCCUCCGCAUCCCCCUGCCCCUCCCUCUCCCCCUCCCUCUCCCCCCCCAUCUCCACCCCCUACACCCCCUACACGCCCUACGCGCGCACCACAAUCGAGAUCGAAGAGCUCUCGGACUGCGACUCCUCCAGCUCCUCCGACUCGGACUGCGACAGCCCCAGCGCCGUCGAGAUCCUGCACGGCGAGUUCGAGGAUGCGCCGGAGGACUACGGCCGCGCUGUCUCCACGUGCUCUGAGUACGAUUCCGAUUCCGACUACGAGUGCGGCGACGAGGUUGAGAAACGCCGCUUACUCGCCGAGAUGCGACGGCUGUGGAUUGCUACUAGUGCGCCGGGGACGCCGUCUACCGGCGGAGGUGUGAGGAGGAAGCGCCGCUACGCCGACAGCCUGGACGGUAGUGACGACGAGGCUACGUGCGAUAGCGGCUGUAGUACCGACUCUGGCAGUGGCGGCAGGAUCAGGAGGCGCAAGCUGGCGCCGUCGAGUACGCAGACUAGGGAUAGGGUCGAGAGGGAGAGAAGGGAGAGGCAGAGGGAUAGGGAUAUGCAGAUGGAGAGUGCUAGUGGCAGGAGUACGCCCGAGUGGAUGUUGGAUGAGAUGGAGCUGUGAAGCGGCAAGGAAAAAAGGAAUGAGGGCGGAAUGGAGUUGGAGUUGGCUUUGCGGAUGUUUGUUUACGGAUGGCGUUGGGGUUGGAGGGGAUCUGCUUCUACUUUUUUCCUUCAUCUUUGGUUUUCUACUCUUGUACUUUGCUUCCGACAUUAAAAGGUCUGGCGUUCGGAGAGGUGUGCUUU